CAAAAGUAAGCAAAAAACUCCAGAAGAGAUUGAAGAAUUAAAAAACGAAUUAAAGAAAAAAGAAAAGGAAUUACAAAAACUGGGAGAGAAAAAAGUCAAUGAAGGCAAGAAAGCCAUUCGGUUCCUACUUCACUAUAAUCAAAAUUUGGUCAAGUAUAUUGUCAAAGGAUAUUCCUCUUUUGGUGGAAAAGUUGACCCAGAGGAAUUGACUGCCGAAGGAAUUUCCUCUCUCCCCAAGGCCAUUGAAAAGUUUGACUUAAACAGCAAAAAUCGGGGUGGAGUUAAAGAAAAAAAAAGUGUAAUUUAUUAUGAUAGUGAUUAUCAAAACGACGACAAAGAAAGUAAAACCUAUUCACUAUUAGAAACCUUGCAUGAUGACGAAAAUGCCGAGUUAACUGCUGAACAGGUAAAACCCUCCAAUUUGUUGGAUAUUUAUUAUCUAGCAACCGAAGAAGAAAAAAAGGAAUUAAAGAAAAAAAUGAAAUUAAACAACAAAUCUAGUCUAGAAUUGUUGCAAAAAUACUCCUUAGAAGAAAAAAAAAUUCACAGUCUACCCUUAGUGAAAAAUUAUUUGUCAUUAUUCACCAAAAAUUACAACUUUGCAGAAAUCAGCAAAAUCCUGG